UUGUCCCCAGGGAAAGAAGCUAUUUCAGACUUAACUAAGGAAUCAUCUAACAUGUUUCAACAAUCCUUACUGUUUCUCUGUUUGUUUUAAAGAUAUCACUGUGAUUUUGUUUCAUUUGGAACUGGAGACUAAAUGACACCAAGCAGAAUCUGCUGUUAGGUUAGAUGACAAGGAUACUUUGAGGCACACAAAGACAUGCAGGCUACAUCAUUAGUCUAUUUUUUCCUGAUUGUCUCUCUGUGCGUUGAUUUUUCUCAAAAUGAAACCAGUGCACUUCUCAGGAGGCAAAGGAGGAGAAUGCGCGGCAGAGGAUUGAGAAGGAGCUCCUCAGCAGGGCACAGGUCCCCAAGGCAGCCGGAAAUGAAGCUUCCAGCUCCUGUUGCUGGAGUACCCAGCAUACCUCUUAUUAACAUCGAUGACGGUGUUAUGGGAGUAUUUGAUUCUCUCAUAGGCUUGGGUGGCCAUGAAUCUAGUUACAAUGUCUUACCAGGAAAGAAGGGGCACUGCACAGCUAAUGGGAUGAUUAUGUAUGAUAAAGCUGUCUGGUCUCCCAAGCCCUGCAUUACCUGUCUCUGUUCAAAAGGAGAAGUGAUAUGUGAUACAACCAUGUGCCACCCGCUGAAGUGUCCCAAAACUAUUAUACCUACAGGAGAAUGCUGCCCGGUUUGUUCUGAUACUGCCUCCUCUUCGGAUUCAAGUAUUAUUUCACUGGAUGACAUAAGCGAGUUGUCUGGUGAUUCUCCAGAACCCAAUGGCCUUGACAAUGUCAACAUAUUGUCAGCACCUACUCAAACUGAAAAAGAUGAGCUGCUUAGAACAGAAGCGGUGGAGUCUAUAGAGAAAGAGGGUCGUAAAAGGGAUGAAAAGAAAAGAAAAAGGAAAGGCAAAAAAAAUCGACGGAAGUAUAAAGCCUAUCACAGAGAAAAGAAGCCUAUCACAAGAAAGGAAGCCGCAGAUGAAGAAAUACAACACGAAAGUGAUGAAGAUGAUGGUACUUUCAGAACGCCACCUCAUUUCCCAAUUCCUGUCCCACCCAUAGAAGCUCCUCCUUUGCCAUCUGGAUGUUCCACCUCAGACACCACAGUAAGCUGUAUUAAUGCCAAACUUACACAAAUACCACCAAUCUCAGAUCCAGAUCUAACAAGUCUAGACCUUACAGGAAAUAGUAUCACUACUAUCUCAGAUGAAGCAUUCAAUGGGAUCCCUAAUUUGGAAUGGAUUGAUCUGAGUAAAAAUAAUAUUACAUCUCCUGGCAUAGGUCGAAAAGCAUUCAAAAUCCUGAAAAACCUAAAACGUUUGUAUUUGGAUGGAAAUAUGCUGGUACAUGUUCCCUCUGAACUGCCAUCAACUUUGGAAGAAAUAAAAAUAAAUGACAACCACCUUCACGCUAUUGAUGAAGAUGGCUUACAAGAUUUAAAGAACUUGGUCACCCUGGAAUUAGAAGGAAAUAAACUUAGUGAAGCGAAUGUCAGUCCUUUGGCCUUUUAUCCUUUGAAGAGUCUCUCUUAUUUGCGACUGGGAAGAAAUAAAUUUAGAAUUAUCCCACAAGGUCUUCCCGCCACGCUUGAGGAGUUAUACCUUGAAAAUAAUCAAAUUGAAGAAGUGUCAGAAAUUUGCUUUAACCAUACCAAAAACAUAAAUGUCAUUGUGCUAAAGCAUAACAAAUUAGAAGAGCACAGAAUAGCACCUUUGGCUUGGAUAAACCAAGAGAACUUGGAAUCAAUCGAUCUCUCUUAUAACAAGUUAUAUCAUGUUCCCUCCUAUCUGCCAAAAUCUUUACUACAUCUGAUACUUAUAGGAAAUCAGAUUGAAAGAAUUCCAGGAUAUGUCUUUGGUCACAUGAAGCCAGGGCUGGAGUAUCUCUACCUGUCCUUCAACAAACUUACUGAUGAUGGAAUAGAUCCAGUAUCAUUUUUUGGAGCAUACCACUCUCUAAGAGAGUUGUUUUUGGAUCACAAUGAAUUAAAGUCUGUGCCAUUUGGAAUUGAUGAAAUGAGAAAAUUACGUUUUCUAAGACUGAACAAUAACAAAAUAAGGACGGUCCCUCCAGAACGCAUCUGCAGGGCACAUAUCAAUGAUGACGAUGUUCACGAGAACAGUGAAGAGGAGGAGAAUGAAGAGUCACACCUGGAGCACGUUCAUCUUGAAAACAACUACAUCAAUACAAGGCAGCUGUCACCACAUGCAUUUUCAUGCAUAAGAUCCUAUUGUAGUGUUAUUCUUAAACCACAGAAGAGCAAAUAAACACCCAACUUUUGUAUUGCAACCCCUAUCUCUAGAAACACAGCUUUAUUUAUUCUCUGCUACUAACAGGUCUGUUUAUUUCUGAUUUAAACUCUUCUUACUACUAUAAAUAAGAUACAGUAUAUUAUAUACUGAAGCAAGGUAGUAGUGUAUUUCUUAGUAUUGUUUCAUUAUACAAGCAUUAAAUGUAAAAAUAGAAGCUUAUGUCCUAAAUUUUUAUUUCUAUUGACAGAAAUUUUACUUAAACACAAUUGACCAUACCGUGCCCCCAGAUACACUUCCACAAAACUAGAUAUUAGAAAAGAAGAAUAUAAUUAAACCCUCAACUUGGUCCUGUCCUAUUUGAUUAACUGAAUUUAAAACAUUUUAAAUGGUACCAUCAGCUUUAAAAAUGAUACAAAUUAAAGUCCUUCAGCUACGAACAUUCUAGCAGUGCAAGAAUCAAAUUUCUUAAAACAUAGGUGGACGGUACUGGAUUUUCUACCAAACAUUUUGCAGUGAUAAAUUCUCUUCCAACUGGCAUUUCAUGGAAAAAUGUUAAAUUGUUCAUUAUAGAAAGAUGGCCCUGAAAACUUAGCAGAUUCUGUGUUUGAGUACAGGGAACUAGAAGAAUGAGCAAUUAAUUUCUAUAUGGAUGCCUUUUUUUUUUUUAAACAAUGUUUAUUUGACAUUUUUUAAUUUUUUAUUUUUUUUUUUUAACUCAAGAGUGGUAGGUCCCAUUCAUCCCUUCAAUAGUCAGCUUGCUAGCUUUUUAUACUGUAUAGGAUCAGGAUCGUGUUGCCCUUCAAGGGACUAAUUAGCCUUUCUCAAAACUACAAAAUUCAUUUAGUGGUUAUUUUAAAGCUUCUACAUAGUCACUUCAGAGACAAUGUUAAUAAAGCACUUUCAGUAAUAUAUUUGAUAUAAAUGUCUGCUUAGAUAUACAAGUGUUUGCAAACAGAUCUCUGCUUCCCUAGAAAGGGGUUCCGUCUGUUGAAGAUGUUUUUAAUGUCUGAGUUCAAAGAAAAGAAGCGUUUUUAAUAUUCCGCUCCAGAUUUUAAUAUUUUUCUCUAAAGUGGUCAAAAAUUUGAUAAAAAUUAGUUAAUAUUUUUAUUUUAAAGAACAAUUUUAAUAAAAAUCAAAAGUCAUUCUAGCAUCUUUUGUAUUUCUUGAAUUCUACAGUCCUUUCUCAUAAGAGUAGGCUGGUGGUAGGGAACAAUUACAGAUGACUGGCAAUUCGCUAUUCUUCAUGCAAUUACUUUCCACUUUCUCUGGGCUAUUCUGCGAGACAUAAAAAAAAUAUGUACUUUGUUUUCUUCAGUACUAUAGGUAUGCUGCCUAAUCAUUUCGUCUUCAGAAUGGAUUGGAACAAGGGAUGAAAUGGCUUAAUGCAGGGUUUGACUUUUUAAAGGCAUAUAAAAGCGGUAAGCAACUGCACAACCUACUAAGGACACACGUUAACUACUGAAGCGUAACUUUAUUGCCCUCACUCUGGUAGUGAAGGCUUCACCGUGUAUUUCCCACACAUUCCAAUCUACUGCCAACGGUCAUGUCGUAUAAUCAGCAUAAGCAUACUGUUCACACAACAUUUAACAGUGAAGGAUCUCCAAACAUAUUUUCUUUUUUUUUAGCAUAUAUGAACACCUCUUGUCUUGUUUUCUCUAAAGCUACACAACCAUGACAAAAACAAAAAUCACAUUGCUUUAUCUCAAAGUUCUCUUUUUUCUCAAAUAAACUAUUACCUGCAAGACACAAUGGUACUUCAUCUCCAGCGAGUCAAAAGAUAAUGCAUUUCAUGUAAGAAACAAUCCUAAGAUAUGUGGAUUUUUGUAAAAAGAGUGUUUUGGAUAUUUUGUUUGGUCAGAAGACAUAGCUUAGAGAUUUGCUAAGUUUGGUAAAGAAUGGUGAAAUCAACAGGAUGAGUUUUCACAUACAGUGUUCUGGUUUGGGUGAUUUGAUUUCAUAUUGCUUGUGCACUUUCAACACUUGAUUCCUUCCUUUCUUUUCGCUUUGGCUAAUAUUCCUUUGUCUUUGUCAAACACAUUAAGUUCCCCAUACUACUGCUUUAAGAGACUAAAAAACCUAAAUUAUUAAAAUGAAUACUUUAAUGCUAAAUAACUUCAUUGCUAAAUAACUUCAGACUUACUUUGCAGCACUGCUGAGCAGUGCUUUCAGAAGCUUUAUUAAGCAUUUUGAAUACACGUAUUGACGCAAGGAGGGAUUCCCUGGUAAACAUGCUGCUGUAUUACACCAUUUUACGCAUUCUUAUAAUAAAUCUAAG